AAUUGUAUGUUUAUUGUUGCUUGCUUAGCAGUUCACAAUUAAAUUGGUUUUGCCUGAUUUUUUUCUGGUGCUCUUAAAAUCAAUUCAUGGAAAUGGUUAACCAUUUCUUGUAGCUGAUUGAGUCUGUAAUGUCUGGAUAUUAAUUAGAUAGUUGAGAUUUAAAGUGAUUCAAUAGGCGGUGUUUUUUAAUCAAAUAUCCACCUUCUACUUGUAAUACUAACAAUCAAAUUGAAAUCAAUUUUAGUGGCAAAACAUUGAAUUGUUUAUAAGUUGUGAUUGAUCGUCCAUUUGCUUCAGUGUAACUGAUUAAGUGUAAAGUGUAAACAUAAACAAUUGAACCCAAGCCAUAAGCCAUUGGAUUACUUAAGUUGCUAUUUGAUUUGUGGUGAAUAAACCAAAAUCCGUGACAAAAUGAAAAUUGCCAUUCCAUUGGUGCUGAUAGUGCUUCAAUAUUGUCAUUUAAGUUUAACAACUGGUGUGUCAAACAAAGAUGAUAAAAAUACCUUAACUGCCUCCGAAUCUCAUAAAGAUGAAUCUUAUGUUGAAUUAAUGAAGAUGGAUAUCAUUCCUCAGUUUGUGCAUGGAUGGGGACAUCAUGGUUGGGGUCAUGAAAAGAAAUGCAAAGAAGAUCAUGGAUGGGGUCAUGGAGGACACGGUCAUGGAUGGGGUGGCCACGGAGGCCACGGGCAUGGUCAUGAUUGGGGCUGGGGUGGCUGGGGUCACGGUGGAGGCCAUGGAGGUGGACAUGGUAAAAAGUGUGGACAUGAUCACGGUUGGGGCUGGGGUGGUCAUGGAAGUGGUCACGGAGGUGAUCAUGGCUGGGGUUGGGGUGGACAUGGACAUGGACAUGAUAAGAAAUGCGGACACGAUCAUGGUUGGGGAUGGGGUCAUGGAGGAGGUCACGGCGGUGGUCAUGGCUGGGGCUGGGGCUGGGCUUGAUCCAAGUCGAUGUGAUUCCUUGUACUCUAUGUAAAAAACCUUGUAUGUGAAAAUUGUAAAAAGUAUUCAUUCCAUAUUUAUUGAAGUUAAUAAUGAAAUCAAUAAAAUUGACUCUCUAACACAGAGACUAAAAUAUUGAAAUUGA